GAUCCUAAACUUGUCAGCAUUGCAAUUCUAGAGAUAGAGAGAUAGAGUAAUGGCAACAUUGGGAGAGAGUCCACGGAGCCCAGAGGCAAAGCUGGGGAUGAGAGUGGAGGAUCUGUGGGAUGUUCAGGAACCACAACUAAGUCCUAAUGAGAAGCUCAAUGCAUGCUUUGAAAGCAUCCCUGUCUCUGCUUUUCCUCCUCCUCCUUCAAAUCAAGAAAUUGAGAUAAAAUCAGAUGCAACCCUGGCUGAAGCUGUAAAAAUACUUGCACAACACAACAUUCUGAGUGCACCUGUGGUGGAUGUUGACGCACCUGAAGAUGCUAGUUGGAUUGACAGAUAUAUAGGAAUUGUUGAGUUUGCUGGAAUUGUUGUAUGGAUUCUGCAUCAGUCUGAACCUACAUCUCCUAGGAGUCCAUCCAGUGGAACUGCUACUGCAGCUGCAGCUAAUGGAAUGGCUUCUGCUCCAGAAAAUGAAGUUUUAGGCCUAGGAUCUGCUGCCACAACUUCAGGCAACUUUUUUGAGGACCUCACUUCUUCUCAACUUUAUAAGAAUACCAAGGUUGGUGAUAUUUCAGGAUCAUUCCGCUGGGCACCAUUUCUUGCUUUGGAGAGAUCAAACUCAUUUUUGACCAUGCUUUUGCUGCUUUCAAAAUACAAGAUGAAGAGUAUUCCUGUGGUGGACUUGGGUGCAGGUAGAAUUGAUAACAUUAUUACACAGUCUGCUGUAAUUCACAUGUUGGCAGAAUGUGCUGGUCUACAGUGGUUUGAGAGUUGGGGAACCAAGAAACUGUCUGAAGUUGGCCUUCCCAUGGUGAAACCAAAUCAAAUCAUCAAGGUUUACGAGGAUGAACCAGUGCUUCAAGCCUUUAAACUGAUGAGGAAAAAGAGGAUUGGAGGGGUGCCUGUGAUUGAAAGGGGUGGCAGUCGAGCAAUUGGUAAUAUAAGCCUUCAAGAUGUUCAGUUCCUCCUAACUGCUCCUGAAAUCUACCAUGAUUAUAGAGCUAUUACAGCAAAAUACUUCCUGACUGCCGUUAGAAGCUACUUAGAGAAGCAUGAAGGGGCCUUUCCAAUGUCAAGUGACUUGAUUACAUGCAAAAAGGACUUCACAAUCAAAGAAUUGAUUCAACUGCUUGAUCAUGAGAAGAUUCACCGGGUCUAUGUCAUUGACGAUGAUGGUAAUCUUGAAGGAUUGAUCACACUGAGAGAUAUCAUCUCAAGGCUAGUACAUGAGCCUCGUGGUUAUUUUGGUGAUUUCUUUGAUGGGGUUUUCCCAAUGCCUCCAAACAGCAGGGUUUGACAAGGAUCCAGGAAGAAUAACUUCUGUUCCAUCAGCUUUUUUAGUAUAACAAAUUGUUUUGUUUCUCAUCAGAGCUGAUAACAUGGUCUUAGAAUCUUAGGGUCUUUGUAACAUAAGCAAUUUGCACUUGGGAAGUUGCUCUCUUGUACGUAAAACUAGUGAAAGUUAUAUUUUGUACAAAUUCUGAUGUAAUAAUAAUGGACACAUUUUCUUUUGAACAAGUUGAUCCUUAAUCACAUUAUGCCUUGAGAUACUACUAUGCAAUAAAGAGCCAAGGAGCUUAAC